GAGAGAGGGAGAGAGAGACAGGGGGUUCCAGAAAGUAGUGGAGAAGCAGAAGAAGGUGGUUUUUUCUGUCACGUUUUUGAAUCUUUUUUUUGGUCUCAGUCUAUUCUUGGAACCAGCACUUCAGCUCUUUUCUAUCUGUGCCUCUCUUUAAAAUGGAUGCAAUUCUGCAGGAGAAACUGGCAGAGCGCCUACUGUCUCCCCGCCACAGGACCGCCAGGGUUAAGGACAAGCAGUAUGUGGGGUUUGCCACACUCCCCAAUCAGGUGCACAGGAAGUCAGUCAAGAAGGGCUUUGACUUCACCCUCAUGGUAGCAGGGGAGUCUGGUUUGGGAAAGUCCACCCUGGUGAACAGCUUGUUCCUCACAGACCUGUACAAGGACAGGAAGCUGCUGAAUGCUGAGGAGCGCAUCAGCCAGACAGUGGAGAUCAUCAAACAUACGGUGGACAUCGAAGAGAAGGGCGUGAAGCUGAAAUUGACCAUCGUGGACACACCAGGGUUUGGGGAUGCAGUCAACAACACGGAGUGCUGGAAGCCCAUCACAGACUACAUUGACCAGCAAUUUGAGCAAUAUUUCCGGGAUGAGAGUGGCCUCAACAGGAAGAACAUCGUGGACAACCGUGUGCACUGCUGCCUCUACUUCAUCCCACCCUUUGGACAUGGUCUGCGGCCAGUGGAUGUGGAGUUCAUGAAGGCGCUCCACGAGAAGGUCAACGUGGUGCCUCUGAUUGCCAAGGCCGACUGCCUGACGCCAAGCGAAAUCAAGAAACUGAAGGACAGGAUAAGAGAGGAAAUUGACAAAUUUGGGAUCAAGGUUUAUCAAUUCCCCGACUGUGACUCUGAUGAGGAUGAGGAGUUCAAGCAGCAGGAUAAAGAGCUGAAGGAAAGCACUCCUUUUGCUGUGAUUGGGAGCAACACAGUGGUGGAGGCGAAGGGGCAGAGGGUUCGUGGGCGACUAUAUCCCUGGGGCAUUGUGGAAGUGGAGAACCAGUCACACUGUGACUUUGUCAAGCUGCGCAACAUGCUGAUCCGAACACACAUGCACGACCUGAAGGACGUCACCUGCGACGUCCACUACGAGAACUACAGGGCGCAAUGCAUACAGCAGAUGACCAGUAAACUGACCCAGGACAAUCGCAUGGAGAGUCCCAUCCCUAUCCUGCCCCUUCCUACCCCGGACGUGGAGACAGAGAAACUGAUCAAGAUGAAGGAUGAAGAGCUGAAGAGAAUGCAGGAGAUGCUCCAGAAAAUGCAGCAGCAGAUGCACGAACAGGACCAGUGAUUCUGUUUUGGCUCCCAGGGAAACAAUGGAAAAUGGGCAGGAUCAGAUGCCUGCAAAGCCCAUGAACUGGCCCCUAUCUGCACUGACACUGCACCAUCUCUCUGCUGGCCACCAAACUGCACAGACUGACAUGAAUGACCACAAGAAACAAAAAACAUAUACUCUGCUAUAUAAGACUUUAAUGGUGUAGAUUGAAUGGCCAUUGUAAAAUACAGUCAAAUCCGUUGUUGUCUGUGGUACUAGCCAGGAGCAUGUUUUCUGUGAGGUGGAUUGGAAGUCCUUGAAAGUGGGCUUCAAGUAAAACGUAAUGUUGAAGCCCUCCUGCUUUUUUAAAACUACUUGAUGUUCAUUUUAAACCUAUUAAUAAUAUUAAUGGUAAUAACAUAUGGUAUGAUAUUUAAAUGACAGUAUCUAUUUAUGAAUAUGCUUGAAUUGUUUAUGAGCAUUCAGCGUGUGGAUGCACAUCGGAUGUUUUGUACACCAAUUUGUUCAGUUUGAUAUUUUGGUCUUGGACCUAUUUUCGUCGGUUGUUUUUAUGCACUGCAAAGAAAUGAUUUUCUUUCAAGAGGGUGAACAGCAUUUUUAUGAAGAUAUUCCUAAAACUAUCCCCAUAAGAGAUUCAUGCAAGAAAGUUAAUGAAAAAGAAAAUGCUUAAGCAAAUGAAUUGCACCCACUCUUAUUUUACACUAAUCUGAAGGAAAAUUUGUUUUUUUUUUUUUUGCAGUGUGGGUGAGUGUAGUUAUGAAUGUGAGGGAUUUCUCACUGUGUUGCAUCCUUUCACUCACUGUGAGUUAUGAGUGAAAAGGAGACAUUUCAGCAGUUAAGCAGCUGAGCACUUGUGUUCAGUGCAAAAGCAAGAGCACUUCUUCGGUUUCAAGCACUGUACAAAUAUUUCUUUACCUGGGGUGAACAGCCCUAGGUGCUUGGCUAGGCAGUGGGUAGAGGACAAUCAAGUAUCGCACCUUCUCAUCCUGUCCAAAAAAGUCUUUUGAUCUAAUACUAGAAUGCUGAGUCUUACCGAACACUUAACCAAAUGACCCAAAGUCCUGUAGUGUCCGAAAGCUUUGCAAAGGACAGGACUGGAAGCUGUAAUUUGAUUGGUAUGAUUGCAUGACGUACUUGCAUGUAGCCAUCUCUUGAUUAUCUCUCUAAACACUGUACUGCUGGCACAUGCACACGUUUUGCAAAUUACUUUAGAACACGAUAUUUUUUGGAAAGACGUAACUGUACUGGAGGAAAACAACUUUGUGCAAAUAGCACAUAAUUUAAAAUCAAUUCUUAAUUGUUUUUGAAAAAUGUGUGCAGUGUUAGGCAACCUAAGUCUUACCAUGGAAAAACGGCCCUAUGCACUCCCUGCCUCAAACAGCUAUUAUCCUCACCCCAUCCAUUGUAUGAAAAAUGAAGCUGAUCCAGGGUUAGUGCUUGGUGUCAGAAUCUUCACUACACAGAAGAGAGGGCGGUCGAGGUCCCUCUUAAAAAACGCGCGCGUGUGUGUGUGUAUGUGUGCGUGUGGAAUUAUGUGCCCGGUGCCCUAUGGUUUACAUGAGCUGUCCUGUCAGCUUGAUUAGCGGUCGCCAUUGCUUUUAUAGUGCUAGCGCUUCGCGAAGGUGAAACUCGUGCACAGGUUAUGAUCACAAAUAAAAUCGCUCUGUUCAGAUGCACCCACAGUUGUUUGUUGUUUCAUCCGUACAUCCGCUUCGAUUCGGUAGGGGUGGUGUUCUCACUCCAAGUGGUUAGAUAGAUUCCUCGCUAACAAGAGGAUGCGCUCAGCUCGCUAACCGCAGCACACUUAUGACCGAAAUAACUAACGGGGCGCUGAGUCACCCCUUAUCUGCACAGCGCCGACUUCCCCUUCAUAGCCAUGUUCACGUUAUCGCGAAACUUGUGUCUGUGCAGACCAAUCGCAAUGUCCACCCUGUUUAACGACAUUGUUCUCCAGAUCUUUCUUUUGUCGUAUCAACCAGUAAAUUUACUGAUAAUCUGAGCUAUCGAAAGCACCUUCUCAGUAUUAGUUUU